CAACACCUAGGCCCCAUUCUGUUCAGUAGUGGUGCAUAGAAUUGUAGUAGCGUGUGGCGUGGAGUAUAGAAUACCCGCUUCCCGUGUAGAUUAGAUUAUAACUUUAGUGUAAGACUUGCAUAUUGCUUGAAUUUAGCCACCACUAACUUCGCCACGGUCCCCACUCUCUAGCGAGGUUGGCAGGCUGGGGGUAGCUGGCCUCUCAUUGUGAUAAAAGAUAAUAAGAAGUUGGACACUGCGAACCCCCAUCCGACAAUAAAUUGCAUUGCACCGCGCAUCGAGCAACCCAGCCCAGCCUCAUGAACUAUUCGGUGUUUCCAUCCGGAGUUUAUUCAGUUCCUGACGUACGUCUCAUCAGACAAGGAUUCUACGGAGAACGACCAACAUCUUUUAUUCGGCCAGGACUGCCAAUCACACCCGUCAACAUGCUGCCAUAUCAAGUUGCAGGUGGGUCUAUACCUUAUGGCUACACUCUGGUGCCCAACACUACGGUCGUUCCACAACAACGACUAAUGAUGUGCCAACCUGGAAUUCGUACCACUUACUCGGUCGUGGAUGAUGAUGAAGAUGUCGACGACUAUGUCCCAAUCCGGCCAAAGAAGAGAAGCCAGGAUGUUAUAAGCGAAAUAAUGGAUUCUCCAGAAAUGGAUGAAUUUUCUGCACAGACAAGAGAAAUUCGCCGAAAUGCAGAUGCAGUUCUACAACGACUCAACACUACGAAGCCCACCAGCCGCGCCACAGAUUUCUUCAAGAGUUACGACUACGACACACGACCGCUUGUCCAACGCUACCCGUCCCCACUACCCGAACGACAUUUGCCAAGGUCGUCGCCAUAUUUGGAGGAGGAUGAUGAACCCUGCACUUCCUCUUGGCGAUCCAGAGGACUCAAUUCUUCUUAUCCGUCUAGUUUAAGACCGUGUGGCGUCAGUUCCAUGAGUCUCACCAAAGACAGAAUUCGAUCCGUGUAUGCAGACCUUGAUGAGCCCGUUUCAUACAAGACGCCCAAAAGCUAUGAUUUUUCACAUCCGGAUUAUUCAGGAAUUAAGACGCCAAGAGGUUCCGUUCAGUCAGAAAUAAAUCGGAAAGCAAUGUUGAAGGAACCCUCGAGGUCAAUUGGAAUUGGAAGAUCGUCGUCACUCAGGACGCCGAGGGAGAGAAUUACUCAGGAUGCUUCGGAUGUUCGGAAUAACAUUAGCAUAAGAGCUCACUAUGCAGCAAUGAGAGAGGCGGCCAACCGGGACGUUAAUAUAAGAAAACCCAAGGAUAUCAUGCCAUAAUAAUCAUAAUAUUUUUGGUUAUUUAAAAAAUAAGCUAAAAUAAUGUAUGUAUAUAUACAUAUACUUAUAUAUAUAAUGUGACAAAUGUGAACAGUGAAAUUUUGCCAAAACUGAAUAAGACCACAACGGACAACUAUUAUUUGCACAGUGUUGAAAGAAAAUUUGGUGCACUCGUCGACCAUACUUAACACAAGCCACAAAAAUGAACAUAUUUUUUAAUGGAAAUCAUUUAAUGAGAAUUCUUGCAUACAAUGCCAAAUCCUAGGUUGUACAGAGACAAGAGAAGAAAUACUUAUGUAAGUGUCAGUGAUAUGGCUAAUGGAUCACACUUCCACCACACUUUACCCGAACCGACCACCAUUUCCGGGUAGUGAACAAUACGAUGAUUGGCUUUCUUCCCAUUUUUGCGAAUAAUUAUUAUUGUAUUGUUUAAAAUUACAAAAUAAAUAUCCAGAUGGGAAGUAGGUCAACAACCACAGUUUUGUAUAUGUACAUACAUACACACACCCCUAAAAAGGGUAUGUUUCAAAAACUUUAAAAAUUAUAUACUGUCAAAAAGGUCCCACUAAAAUCAUGCAAAUAUGUAUGCAUUAUACACUGUAGUGGAUUUAUUUACACAAGAAUCUUAACAUACACCACACGCAACAAAUAAAUAAGAAUAAAUUAUCUGUUCUUAAAAA